AAAGAGCUUUGGAAAAGGAAAGCGCUCGUGAAGGAUCCUGAACGCUUCCUUAUUCACUAGUUGUGCAGCUAUUGCGACUGGGGGAGGAAAUAAUUGACAACGUCAAAAUCCCACGGCAGAAGCAAACCAUUGUCAUCACCAUUCUUUCAUUGCAUCUACUCGAGUACAUAGCUACGGCUUCUGUCUUGCUGGCCUUGUAGUGCUUACUGGGGUGCCUGCGGUGACAUAAGCUGGCUUUUUCACGAACAGCAGCCCUCUUCGGUUCCAAACUACCCUACCGAAAACUGCGAUGGCGAUUGCUCGUGGGCACAACGAGUACCUAGAAGCCCAACUAGCAACACUCCCGCACCUCCCCGCCGUCGAGCGGCUAACACCAAGAGUAAUUCGCAUCCUGGGCGGGAACCCCUCAAAGUACCACCUCCAAGGCACAAACACCUACCUCCUUGGCACCGGUCGCGAACGUCUCCUGAUAGACACAGGCCAGGGCAUACCCAUCUGGAUAGAAACUCUCUCGGACGUGCUGGCGCGCGAGAAUGCCAUCGUAACGCAAGCCCUCCUAACGCACUGGCACCUCGACCACGUAACCGGUUCCCGCGACCUCCGCAAGGUGAGCCCGAGCACAAGGUACUACAAGAACUCCCCGGACGACGGGCAGGAGGAUAUCCACGAUGGUCAGGUAUUCUCCGUCGAGGGUGCCAGCGUUCGAGCGCUGUAUACGCCCGGUCACUCCUUCGACCACAUGUGCUUCCUCUUGGAGGAGGAGGACGCGAUAUUCACGGGCGAUAACGUCCUGGGGCACGGGACGACGGUGUUCUCGGACCUCGGGGCUUACAUGAAGAGUUUGCAGAGGAUGCUGGAUCAGGGUAUGGCGGGUGUCGCGUAUCCCGGCCAUGGCGCGCUGAUUGGAGAUGCCAGGGGGAAGAUUGCGGAGUAUAUCCGCCACCGGAUGCGCAGGGAGGAGCAGAUUGUCAAGGUCUUGGAGGAGAAGAGGAAUCCCGUAGGAGGCUCGGGGUUGACGGCACUAGAUAUUGUCGGUGUGAUUUAUACCUCUAUUGGGCCGGAAUUGCGCCUCGCAGCAGCAAAGGGUGCUGUGCAGGUUCUGGAAAAGUUGGAGACCGAGGGGAAAGUUAGGAUGGAGGAUUGCGGUGGGCAGAGGAAGUGGUUUUUGGCUAACCAUCCGAGUCCAUAGAGAGGCUAGGAUACUCAGAUGUACGAUACGAUGGGUGGAGGAACAUUUA